UUUAGAACUUGAGGCUAAGGUCGAUCCCUUUGCACUGAGCCAUGCAAAGAUUAUGUCUUGUUGCUUGUUACGCCGUGUUCUAGAUGAUUACAUAAACUGGAAAAUCAUUACUACUUUCGUCGGUUAUGUUCUUGGACUGGGGCUUCUUUUAUUCUUCGACACUAUACAUACACCUCCUGUGCUGGUCAACCCUCUACCGAUCCUAUAUAUCAUGACAUCCUAGCAAGGGUCAUGUUCGACCCGCACCGGUAACAUGAGAGCAAAGCUACACAGCUCACAUCCCGAUACAGAGUAGGUGAUAAGUGAUGCUUAGAAUAACCCUUGAUCAUAAUGAAUAGAUCAUGUUUCUUGAUAGUUUUAUUUAAACAAUGCCGAAACAUGCCUCAGGAAGUUGCCUCCUUAAAAGGCCUCAUCUGCCGACUAUGGAAUCCAAAAUCACUAACUCAUCUUGGAAGCCAUCUCAUCAGUAGUACAUCUUUUCUUUCAUACCAUUCUUUUAGCUACGUACGGUCCUUUCAGGAGAAAUGCCAAGCUCUCCUUUGGCAAUAAGAAUUGCCAUCAUAGGCGGGGGGCUGGCUGGCGCCGCACUUUUGCGCGGGCUUCUGCGGCAUCCUCACCUUACUGUUGAUAUGUAUGAAUCACGGCCUACGUUUAGAGACGAGGGACCGGGGCUCUCUUUCACAUCGAGAGCACAAGGUAUUCUAACUGCUAUCGAUCCGGAGUUAGAAUACUGCCUCGACCGUGCCGGUGCCGUAUCCGCUACGACUGAGAUACGGGUGGCUGCUGGUCCUCAUGUUGGAAGGGAGAUCGAGAUAAACGGAUUCGGGGAAAGCUGCAAGAAGUAUGUCAGCCGUCAAGCUUUUCUAGCGGAGAUGCUUAAUCAUGUACCGCCGCAUAUGAUGCACCCCGGUACGCGGAUAGCAUCUGUCACGGAACUGCCGUCAGAGCAAGGACUAUUACUCGCCUUUGCGGAUGGGUCAACAAAGAAAUACGACAUCGUAAUCGGUGCGGACGGCACUCAUGGCUUCACGCGACAGCUUGUUCUUGGUACCGAUGAAUCUCUAGUCAAACCGCAUUCUACAGGGUUUUGGGGAUUGCCUAUCAGAGUACCUCUUCAGAGGGCACAGCAGCUAAUGGGCACACGGUCUCUUGACCCAAGCAACCCCCGCCACGUAUGUUGGAUUGGAGAUGGAACUACUAUCAUCUAUGAUUUGCUCGAUAAUGGCAACGAAGUCCAGAUCAUUGUGUUCGGUAAAGCGGAUGAUACUGGGGAGGAAGAUGGGCUUUCAGAACCGUCAUGGGCAAAGCUUUUCACCCCAGACGAGUUUCGGGAGGUGUUUUCAAGCAAUAGUAUACCGGUCUGUCAGGGUACGAUUGAUCUUAUCCUGAGCGUAUAUACUGUGCAGGUAGCCGCUCUUUGCUUGCUCGAACACCACCCGGCACCAACUUACGUGGCUGAGAAUAUCUGCCUAAUCGGAGACUCUGCCCAUAGCAUGUUGCCAUUCCAGGGCGCCAGCAUAAGCCUUUCUAUCGAGGAGGCUUUGCUCCUUAGCACACUGCUCGGCCGAUUGUCGUCGAAAGCCGCCAUUCCGGCUGCGCUCCGGGCUUUUGACCAGUUAUGCCGGCCCCGAGCCGAACAGGCUACGCGGUUGAGUGCAGAGACAGGAUUGCUUAUCGCGGGUCGCGCACCGGGGAUAGGGCUCAAUGCAGAUCUGCUUCAGCAUCACUUGCGGCACAAGUUUGAGUUUCUUUUAAAUGUUGAUAUCGAAGCACACCGGACUGCUGCUGUUAGUAUUAUGGAUCAGUUAUUGGGGGUUGGAGCAGCAUGGCCUUGAUGAGUGUUGGCAUACCAUGAUUACUUGGGUCGGGCUUUCGCGCCCCUUUCCGCAUUUACCAUUUGUUUUCGUGGAUUUCUUUUCUUGGGUUUCUUUUAUUUUCACGGUUCAACCACGUGGAUGUGAGUACAUAUAAUUUCAUACCGGAUAUUGUGCAUGGCAAUCGGCUAGGUAACUAAGCUGUAGGCUGGAGGCGUAUAUAUGUAAAUAUGGGCAUUUACAGAGUAUGAAGUUUAUGUAUCAGAGGGUCUAUUGCAUUAUAAAUCUAUGGCUCCUACUUAUAUAACC